AAAACAAUUUUAAUAAAUACUCCCCUUCUAAAAUUGCCCAAUGUCAUCAUGUUCUUCGCCUGAAUUCCCUCAAAACAUUUCCUUCUCCCCAAAUUAUUUCUCCUUUUUUUAAUCCUCCCUCUCUAAUUCCGAUGCCCUAGAAAUAAUGUCAGUUUAAAAUCCCCCAAAUCCACAAUUAUUCUGAUGGCAGCAGCCACCACCACCGCCACUACCACCAUAACUUCCACCACUACUAAACCCAAACGCCGCCGCUACCGUGAAAUCACCAUCUCCUCCUCCGCCUCCCCUGAACUAGCUCUCAACUCACUCAGUCCUACUCAGUACCAGAACCUCCUCACUCUCUCCCCUCAAAUGGCGGACUACGACUCACAGCCCGUCUCUUACCCCAACAGCUUCACCAAGUUCAACUCCGCUCUCACUGCGGGGCUCCUCAACCCUAUGUCUCCACCUCCUCAAACACGAUCAAGUCCGACCCUCUUCGAAAUGAUGGCCAGCGAGCCCGACAUUCAGCCCACGCCCAGAUCCACCGCUACCCCUCAUAAUGCCGCCGUUUCUUCCGCCAAAUCUCCACCGCCAUUGUUGGACAAACAAGGGUUGCUGCAGCUUCGGGUUAACGACAUUUUGGCGAACAAUAGUCCAGGGAAUCAGUUCAACGACCCGGGUUCUAGUGAUAUAAGGCUCACAUUGAGUUCGAAAGAUGGGUUUUCUGUUGAUUUGUGUGUUCAUCGUCAGAUUCUUGUGGGCCAUAGCAGGUUUUUCGCUGGGAAGUUUGCUGUUAAGAGUUACAGAGGGGGGAAUGCUGGGGGUGAUACGACGCCGUUUGCUGUUGAGAUUGCUGAUUGUGAUGAUGUUGAGGUCUAUAUUGAGACUUUGAGGUUGAUGUAUUGUAAAGAUUUGAGGAGGAAGCUUAUGCGUGAAGAUGUUCCUAAAGUUCUUGGCAUUUUGAAGGUCUCAGCUGCAAUUGGGUUUGACGCGGGGGUAUUAUCCUGUUUGGAGUAUUUGGAAGCUGCACCAUGGGCAGAGGAUGAAGAAGAGAAGGUAGCCUCACUACUGUCUGAGCUUCAUCUUGAAGGCAUAGGUGCUAGUGAAGUUCUUAAAAGAGUUUCCCUGGAUGCAACAGCUCAUGCAGAAGAGAACAUUAAUGAGAAUGAAGAAGUGCUUUUGAAGCUUUUAAAUGUAGUUCUUGACGGGAAAGACGAGAAGGCGAGGCGAGAUAUGAAGGGAUUAGUCUCCAAAAUGCUCCAUGAGAAUGCAAAUCACAACGACCUGCGAAAAGAGUCUUUGUAUUCUGCUUGUGAAGGAUGUUUACAACGACUCCACCACCAUUUCUUACAAGCUGCAGAGUCAAACUUUGAGGAUGUAAGUCAGAUAGCAAGGCAAGCAGAUAACUUACACUGGAUCCUGGAUAUCCUAAUUGAUAGGCAGAUUGCUGAUGAGUUUCUGACAACAUGGGCUUCACAAUCAGAAAUGUCAAAAGCACAUUCUAAGGUUCCACCAGUACACAGGUUUGAGAUUAGCAGGGUUACAGCAAGGCUUUUUGUGGGCAUUGGAAAGGGACAACUAUUGGCAUCCAAGGAUAUGAGGUGCCUGUUAUUACAAACAUGGUUGGUGCCCUUCUAUGAUGAUUUUGGAUGGAUGAGAAGGGCAUCAAAGGGACUUGAUCGUCAUUUGAUUGAAGAUGGCUUAAGUAGCACCAUUCUUACUUUGCCUCUUUCAUGGCAACAAGAUAUCCUUCUUGCUUGGUUUGACAGGUUCUUGAACUCUGGAGAGGAUUGUCCUAACAUACAACGGGGUUUUGAAGUUUGGUGGAGAAGGGCUUUCUGGAAACGGAACAGUCUUCAGCCUGAACAUCCUCAUGUUCGGAUUGUAAACGGGAUUUCUGAAAAUAAAUAGACUGUAACUUUUCAAAAAUGCAGAAGUAACAAGCUAAAUGAUGACACCGGACAACAACCUUGAAGUCGUUAUUACAUGUGAGAUCGAGGUUCAAUCUUGAAGAUCUCUCUCGGAUAUUAUACCCCAUUGAUCCCCCAUUUUGUUCGAAUUUGUGAGUGUUGUAUUGGCAGCUUCAUUGCUGAAAGUUUAUUAUGCUAAUGAAAGAAAUGUUGUUAAUA